AUGGAAUCGUCUGCUGGUGUCCCCACCGUUCCGGAGUCGCCGUCCCUGGAGUCCCGAACGAUGAAGUCUACGUUGGGGAAGUUGUUCAAACCGUGGAAGUGGAACAGGAAAAAGAAACGAAGUGAAAAAAUUGAAAAAGGAGCCUACACCUUAGAGAAAAAAAUGUCAGAAAGAUUGAGCAAGGAAGAACUAGUGAAAAGAGGUGUACUCCAUGAUGCUGAUAUAAUGGUAGCUGACAACAAACUACAUCAAAUUUCUACUGACCAGCAAGGACUUGACACAACAAACAGUUACAUAACAAAUGCUACCUUAGACUUGUCUCUAAAUGGUCACAAUCUGUCAGUGAUGUCAUCAACAUUAUCUGAUGCCAUCUCGUUAUCUCCCCAGCAGCAGCAGCAACAACAGCAGCAGCAGCUGCAACAACAGCAGCUGCAGCAAUUGCAGCAACAAAUUGAUGGUACUAAUAGUAGUAGUUGUGGUGGUCAAAUUGCUUUCACUUCAAACAAUAUAACACCUCUUGUUACAGACACACUUUUAAUGCAAUUGGAAGAACGUUUUCAUGAUUUUUGUGAAAUAGUUGCAAAUUUCCAUUGUCUUGAUCCAUCCCAAUUCUUGGCAGAUAACACAACUUUUUCAAUAUUGUGUGCAAUAUAUGAUAAUGAUAUUAACCACAAUGAAGCUGUUUUAGAAUAUGAAACUUUGAAAAAUCAGCAGCAACAACAACAACAAUACAUGACUCCAACACAGUCUACAUCAUCUCACUCUUUGCCAUCUGCUCCAAAACAUCACCACCACCACCACCAUCAUCAUCAUUCUCAUUCACCGUCGUCGUCGUCAUCGGCUGCGGCCUCGUCUUCUUCAUCAUCGACUCCAUCUCUCCAGCAAAGAUUCAGUUUGCCUGCUUAUCCAGUUUCGAUAUUAAAGCAUCAAACUAGAACCAUAAGUCAGCAGCAGCAACAGCAGCAGCUACAUCAGCAGCAGCCACACCAAGCACAAAAUCAACAGCAGCAGCAACAACAAAUUCAACAUUCCCACAAACACCAACAAACACUCAUCAUAAACAACAACAACAAUCUAAGUAACAGCAAUGUCAAAUCUUUCAUGAACGCAAACAACAAAAACGCAAACAUGAAUAAUAGUACAAUCAGCAGCAACAACAACAACAUUAAUAGCAGCAGCAACAAAAACAACAACAGCAGCAAUCAAAUAGUUCUACAGAAAUUUAUCUACGCGCCCUUAUCUCUACCCCCCGACCCGCCAAAACGCCACAACACAACAAUCUGCACCAACAAACAAACGUCUUCGUCAUCUUCAUCGUCUUCGUCAUCUUCCAAGUUAUUCUUUAAGAGUAGGUCCGGCAACCCAGCCGUAGUCCGUAGUUACUCAACUGACUCAAAUAGCAUGGCGUCUAAGUUGAACCAUCUUCAUAGGCGUCAGCAGCAACAACCGCAACAUCAACAACAACAUCAACAACAACAACAGCAUCAUGUUCCUGGUAGAUCAAUUUCAGCACUAAACUCUCCGUCAACUGUUCACCAUGCUUACUUGCCAAUGGCGCAGAAUUUAAAAAUUUUUCAAGGUUCUAAUAUGUUGUCUCUCUGGUGGUUAAUUACAGCGUUGGAGUUGUUUGUCCUGGCAUGA